AUGGCUGGUACUCUAUCGUCAAUUAAUAUACUUUAUCUUAGAAUAGUCUUCUUAUUGACUAUUGCAUUCUAUUGCUUUAAAGAUAUCAAUGUGCUUAUUGAUAAUACAUAUGUGUUAAUCCUAUCCCAAGCGAUGAAUCUGCCCGUGCUAACCAUGUCAAAAUAUAAUGGUCAAUUGGGACUGUUUGCAUUCCUAUUUGCAUCAUUGGCAUUGACAGAUGUUGUACCCAUUUUGGAAAAUAAUCAAAAAUAUCUGAAUUCCAUUGUUCCUUUCAGAUUAUUGAUGUAUUUCACUGUUACUUCAUUAUCCUAUAUUUGGGAAAGUAACUUGUAUUUACAUAACAACAUGGUCUUUAUUUAUUCAUUCGUGGAAGUUUGGUUGAAUUUCAUCAUUUACAAUUCAUUAAGAGAGGAGAAAAAUGAAGAAUUCAAAUUACAAAAUAGAUAUAUGAAUGAUGGCUUAAUUGAAGAACCACAACCUUUUGAAACCAUUGUGGAAGAAGUUGAAGAAGUUGAAGUGCCUCAAUCAAACUAA